AUGAAAGUUUAUGCCCCGAUUUCUGGCAAAAAUUUGAAGAUUGACGAGCGGGUAAUCUAUGUUUUGGGCUGUUUGACGUCCACAUGUGGAAGAAAUCCGUGUAGCUGGCGGGCUAUUCGUGUUCAGAAAUUAAAUCCUACCGACGAGGAAGUAGUACAAGAGACUGCCGUUGCAUCAUCUCCUGUUGCUGGAUGGAAUAAUGAUAUAUGGACGGAAGAGGGGAAUGAUGAAAAUGACGAAGAUAUUGAUUUGGAGGAGUUGGGUGUGGCUCUCUUUGAAGCUGCAAGCGUGGCUUCUUUUUCCAAGAAGCGGCACGCCAAGCCUACUGUGAAGUCUUCACCUUUGAACGCCAAGCCUACUGUGAAGUCCUCACCUUUGAGUCCUGGAACUAGGGUGGUUUCUAAUGACACACCAGUGUUGCCUUGUUUUUAUACAUACACUGAGGAAGAGUUAACCUCAAGGGAAAUAAAGAAAGAACAGAUCCAGAAAGUAGUAUCCAACGAGGAGGCUUAUGAGUAUACGGGGACUUGGAAUGCUGACAGGACUUACUUCAGGUUCAGGAAAUGUCUAGAUGCAUACCCAGAACAAUGUUUCAGGUAUAACCCUAACUGCCUUUACUCAUUUCUGAUGAAGGUUGCCUACAUACUUAUACUCAUAUGGUGGGAAGCCACUUCUGGCUAUGGAAGAGGUAGAAGACCCAGGGAGAUGCAGGCAUUGUGGGGGUUCAAUGCACUAUGA